UCAUUGACAUUGUGGAAAAUGGCGACUGAACAAAAUCCGGAUCCGUUUGUAUAUUGUUAGGAAUAUGUCGCCGUGCUCAUGUAAUUUCGCCGACUUGUUCGAUAUGAAACAGCAGAUUCCUGACAAAUCGACCUCAGACCAAUCUGAGUCACAACUGUACUCACCAGUAUGUCAUUGGUGGAUCUUGGCAAGAGGCUGUUGGAUGCAUCCAGGAGAGGUGACACAGAGGAAGUUAGAGUACUCAUGACUAAUGGAGCCCCUUUCACAACUGACUGGCUUGGCACAUCUCCAUUGCACAUGGCAGCACAGUAUGGUCAUUUAGAGACAGCUGAGGUGCUGCUGCGAGCUGGCAUUAGUCGUGAUGCUAGAACUAAAGUUGAUCGCACCCCUCUCCAUGUUGCUGCGCAGCAGGGGCAUCUAGAGAUAGUGGAACUGCUUCUGCAGCAUGGGGCAGAUGUUGAUGCGAAAGAUAUGAUAAAAAUGACACCUCUCCAUUGGGCUGUGGAUAAUGAAAAUGUGCCCGUGAUACGUAUGCUGCUGAAAAAUGGGGCUGACAUCACAGCACUCAACAAGUUUGACAAGACUCCUUUAGACAUUGCAUCAGAUAGUGGAGCUAUGCAUAUACGAGAAAUUCUUCUGGAUAAUGCAACUUUUCAUGAGACUAUAGCUGAGCCAGAAGAAGUGACCAUUGCAGAACCAUCAAUGGUUGAAGUAAGAGAAGACACAGAGCAGCCAUUGACAACGAUGGUGUCAUCCAGAUUAACACCGAUUCCAAUUAAAACUGAGAAGCCAUCUCCAAAGCCAGCCAGUAAAAUUGUUCUCAGCCCUGCCAUGGUGACACUUGCGAGUCGAGCACGGAAAAAGAAUGGAAGUGGAGAUACGGUUGACCAGAGCAGUACUUCAGUGUUAGCAACACUAGCAGCUCUUGCUGAAGCAACAGCGCCUCUAUCAAGUGCUACGUCUAAUGCGAGCGCCGCAGACACUCUGCAGUGGCUUCAGACUCAUGGUAUCACGUUCGUAUCGACCGAUAGCACCCAGGCGCAGCUGUCGGCUGCACUCAAUGACGGUCAGCAGGUUACUUUGUCUGAAGCAGGAAAGCUUGCACUGCGGUGGGCAAAAGAACAGUCGGAAUCAAAGGAAUUGAAAAACUCAAUAUCACUAAAUAGAUCUCCUGGCCAAGCAGAUUCCGAGCGACAGUUGUAUACAAUAGUAACUGACCAGACAACAGAUGAGAGCGCCCCUUUGGUUGUGUCUGUUGCAAACUGUGAAGAUGAGCUCCAUGCGAAAAAGGUAAACAGUGAGGACUUGACUGAAGAAAUUGUGAACGGAGAAAACUCAAUAGACGCACUGCGGCGUCAGCUGGAAGAGGCCAAGCGACAGACAGAACUGUUCAAGACUCAGUUGAUGAAGAAGGAACAGGAGGCAUCAGAAUACAAACGUAAACUAUCCCAGCUAGAGAGCACUUCAGGUUCCUCAUAGCAGGGAUAGGAGCUGAAAAUGUCUAUUGUUGGUAUAAGACAAGACAUGUACAGGGACCAUCAGUCAUUGUAGAACUUGCCUAUAUGUAGCUUAGAAACUACUCGUAAGUACAAAGUUGUAUUUUUCAAUUAAUGGUGCCAUUGCUCUGUUGUCAUAAUUAUGUUUGGACGCGACAUAAAAUGAGAACGUGUAUAUAAACUUCUUUUAAUGAACUAGCUACUCAUUUAAACAAUUUUAUUGUAUUUUGAAAGCAAGCAUAGAUUGUGGCAGAUCAGUUUCUGUUCGGUACCCGUGGGUGUAUUAUUCUGGCACUGUGAGUGGAAUUUUAUGUGCAGUUUGAAUAUGUGGCAGAAAACAUUUUAUCCGACCAUGCCCACGCAAAUUAGAUUGUAUAUACUAAUUAUUGUCGUCUAUUGUAAUAAGUCCUAGUAGGCAGGGUAUGAAUGUGAGAUUAGAGCGCAAGUAUAUACCAUAUUGUCACUAUGCUGGUACUGUUGUUACUCUAUUUCAAAAUAGUCUUGUACACAUUAAUAUACAUAUUACUGUAAAUGAUCAGAAGAUGUAAUAUUUUAAUGUGCUUAUAUCAGUGAAUAUCAGCUGGUGUCCUCAUCACUGUAGCCACAGUUAGAGGAAUUUCAUGAGGACUUAGCUAGCAGUCAUCUCAGUGAAAAUGUAAUUGUGAAUACAUAGCAACAAUGAAUGGGGAAAUUGUUUUUCAUUUGUACAGAUAUGAUGUGACAUAUUAGAUGUGAUCAGUAGUGAUGUGAUCGUCAUGUGGUUGUGAAAAGUAAUACUAAGAACGAUACCAAUUUACUACUAUGAGUGAACUGAAUAUUUCAGGUUUAGAUGCAGUAGGCUUACCCAGCCAACUUGUGGGAAAAAAACGUGUCAUGGACAGCAUACCAACAUUACUGUUUAAUAGAUGUAAACAACGAAAUUAAUAAUAAAAAAUCAUUAUAAAGCUCUUUCAA